CUCAACCGGGAGGGACGGCAGUUCACUGUGCAGUGCUGCUCUCCAGAUAUGGCCGCAGACUGGCGAUGGCACCGGAAUGCUUUACCUGGCAGUAUGGAGAGACUCGGACGCAACCUCCCGCCAACCUCAGCGCAGCAGAGCCGCAUCUACCAACUGGAGUUCCCGAAGCCUGAGACAAGGGGGCUGGGCUUCACCCUGACGAACGGGAGCUCCCUCAGAGUGAAAGAGAUCAGACCUGGGAGCAUGGUGGCGCUGGACGGCAGGCUCCUGGUGGGAGAUGUGCUCCUGGAGGUGAACGGCAUUAUUGUGUCGGGUCUAAGGCGCAGCAAGGUGCUGCAGAUCCUGUGGGCAGCCGAGGGCACUGUGCAGCUGACCGUACACAGAGACAGCUGGACCGUGGCCGGUCUGGAGCCUGAACAUGGCCACCCAGGAAUCACCAUGGAGACUGACACAAAAGAGGAAAUGACAGAAAGACGGGUUAUGGGAAGAUUCUUGGAAAACUCUGGAGAGGAAAGUCCAAACAGCUCCUGUCUCCCACUGUACAUGCUUGACAAGGCCCAGGAAGCCUGCGACAGGAACGCAUUUCUGUCACUGCAGCGAGAUGCAGCCAGCAGACGACGCAAAGACCAAAGUGAUGAGUGGAGCAGUGAGGAUGAGGAGGGUGUGGGUGACAGUGAUGAAGAUUCAUCAUACCCUGACUCGCCUUUGACAGAAAACCCCAUUGUGUCAGAGGAGGCCCUCAGCAACCUGGCUGUGACAAGCCCGUCUGAGAACAGCCAGUACUCCGGCGUCUGCCUCAGGGCCCUCAUUCAGAACCUGCAGCACCAGCUGGACCAGCAGGAUCUCAUUAAGGAGUUCAUGGCCUUGGAGCACCUGAGACCUGCCGACAGCUGCCUUGUGGGAAAUGCUCCGGAGAACCGGGAGAAGAACCGGUACCGAGACAUUUUGCCCUACGAUGGAACACGGGUGUCAGUGGGGGAACAGCAGGAGUACAUCAACGCCAGUUACAUCCGCAUGAGCGUGGGGCCCAGCGAGCGGCUCUGCUACAUCUGCACACAGGGCCCACUGCCCGGCACCCAGGCCUGCUUUUGGCAGAUGGUGUGGGAGAAUCGCUCAGAUGUCAUCGCCAUGGUGACGCGGGAGGUGGAGCGCGGCCGGGUCAAGUGCCACCGGUACUGGCCCGAGAAGCUCCAUGAGAUUCUGGACACCGGGCGCUACCAGCUCAUCUUGGGCAACUACCAGCGGCAGGACUACUUCUACAUUAGGAUGAUCAAGAUGGUGGAGAAGGAGAGUGGGGACGUCCACCUAGUGAGGCACCUGAAGUUCACAGCUUGGCCCGACCACGGAGUGCCACGCUCCUGCCACCAGCUGGUGCGUUUUGCACACUACAUGCGGGCCGUGCACCACACCGGCCCCGUCAUUGUGCACUGCAGCGCUGGCGUUGGCCGAGCCGGCGUCCUCAUCUGCACUGAUGUCAUCCUGGCCCUCAUCGCGAAGGACCUCAGUAUAAACAUCAGCAGCAUUGUGAGGGAGAUGAGGCUGCAGCGCCACGGCAUGGUACAGACCAAGGAACAGUACCUCUUCUGUUACAAAGUCUGGCUGGACGUCCUUCAGAACAUCCCGGCUCUCUGUGGCACCCAGUGGAUCCAGGAAAAAGCCUCCUGAACACUGCUGGUUUCCCUGGCUACCUUCUCCAGCAUUCUCCCAAAGAAGACACUUUGUAUGCUUUCAUACACACCCACACCCGUGUAUUUUUAUUUUUAAUUUUACCCUCUGUAAUCUGCCGCCUGAAUCAGCGUGAACCUUGUCUGUGUUCUUCUGCAGGACGUCGUCACACUGACACACUUCGGUGCAGUUUGGCAUUUUAGAUCUUAGAUGAUCAGCCUUCAAGGGUCCAUCAGAACAAAACUGAGUUGUUUUGAUCACAAUGUGAAUAUUUUACCUGCAGUAUUCUCCUCCAGAUAAUGAGCUAUAUGUAUCAUGUGUAUCGUGUUAGAGCUCUGAACAGAUUCUAAACAGAUGUGCUUUGGUGUUGUGGUUCAUGAAGUAUGGUUUGUAUGUUUACAUGAAAACUGGUCGGUAGAAGCGGUCUGUCCGUGAAAGAGACACUGUAAGUGCGGUGGGGGUGGUGGGACGCAGGAAAUGGGCCAGACAGAACCACAAACUCCUAUUACCGCUAACAGUAAUGAUAGGGAGGAAUGUUUAAUAUUAGCAUUUAUUAUCUAUCGACAAACAUGGCCGUCCUCAGGGGGCCUCUGUCCUUUUAAAACGGAAGGUGAUUCAAGAUCUGGACUCUGGUGUUCAUCACUCCACACAGUAAAUGUGUGUGUGUUUCUUCCACUCCUGUCUCUUCUCACACACUAUAGGAAACGUAUAGAAAAUAUUAACUAAGAUGAUGAAAUGCAGAAGCACUGAUAUGCUGAAGUCAGGAUGGAGGCACGGGUGAAGACCUGUUUGUAGGCCAUGAUAGCUGGACUGAACCAGCAGUGCAGUUCUUAUUGUAUUACAUGGUAAUCUCAGUUUAAUCUGCUGUGGUUUUAAUAAAAGCAAUAUAAUAAUGAUCUAUAAAAUCUAUUUAUAGUCUAUUUAAAGCUCAUUUCCACCCCAAAAAUCCAUUCAAAGAAGAUGUUUUACCUUCUUCCAGUAGAAGUCGAAUCUGAUUGAUGUUUCCCAGUUUAUAAAUGAGUUCUUUGUUGUAUGUCUCAGAUGUUCUAAUAUAGGGAUAUAUGCCUUUAUGGUGCAUGUCUGCAUGCACUUGACUGUGGAGAAUCUUCAG